CUGUGUCGUCAUCGGGCCGCGUCGCCACUGGCGGCGUUUCCUCGCAGCCCGCGUGUGGUUCCUGGUAGUUUGAGGCAGUCGUGCUCCGGGAGACCGGCUAGCCGGACUGUCUUCCGGCGUGGUGGUCCAGGGCCGGCCCCUGUGGCGUUUGGGCUCCCCCAGAAUGGCGAUGCUGGCUCAACCUCGGCGGAAGCAGAAGUGGUCUGUGGAUCCAAGGAAUACUGCGUGGAGUAAUGAUGAUUCCAAGUUUGGCCAAAAGAUGCUGGAGAAGAUGGGGUGGUCCAAGGGAAAGGGUCUAGGGGCUCAGGAGCAAGGAGCCACAGAACAUAUUAAAGUUCAAGUUAAAAACAACCAGCUUGGGUUGGGAGCCUCAGCCAAUCAUGAGGACAACUGGCUGGCUCCCCAAGCGGAAUUUAAUCAACUUCUUGCUGAAUUGAACAGUUGUCAUGGACAAGAAGAUAAAGAUUUUUCAGAAAACAAGGAGAAAAAAUCCUUUAGCCUUGAAGAGAAGUCGAAGUCCUCAAAAAGACGUGUUCACUAUACAAAAUUUACAAAAGGAAAGGAUCUUUCUUCUCGGAGUAAAACAGAUCUGGAUUGCAUUUUUGGGAAAAGGCAAAAGAGUGAGCUUUCAAAGGAAGAUCAUAGUCCAACUGCUGCAACUGAGGAAAAACCCACUCCCACGGUAACCAGUAACCUCACUGUACAGGAAUAUUUUGCCAAACGAAUGUUGGAGCUAAAGAACAAAUCAACAGCCUUACACACAGCUUCUGCUGAAACCAAGCCUUUUGAAGAAAAAAGGACUGAACAGAAAAAAGAAAAGAAAAAAAGGAAAGAAGCCGAGGACUGGAAUAGACCCAAGGCCAAACAUACCAAAAAGGAGAGUCUGGAGGAAGAGGACGCAUGGCAUGCUGAGAACCAGGGUAGAGACUCUGAUUGUGAGCAGUGUCUUGAUGCUUAUCCCCAGGAGAGACCAGUUUGUGAUGAGCAAAAGCCUAGUACAGGGACCUCUGCCAUAGAACUGAGAAAGAAAAAAAAAGAAAAAGCAGGAGGAAAUUGUCAUGGGAUCUGUCAAAAAUCAAACGUCAGAGAGGCGGAAGAAGAAGAAGAAGAAGAAAAGCCUUGAAUAAAGAAGGUUCCUUUACUUGGACUUUAUAUCAUUUGAAUAUCGUAAUACUUUUAGUGCAGCCUUAUGCAAAAAAAAAAAAAACAACCCAGCCCACAAAGAAAGAAAAAAGUCUUGGCCUGAAGUUAGAGCAGAGUUUACCCUAGAUGAUUUGUUCACAUCUUUUAACAUGCCCAAGGAUUGCUGGGUCUCGCCCUCUCAUCACAUUUUUCCCAACUACCAAAAUUCCCUGAAGAACUUGAAAAACAAUCCAAAUCAUGUUCUCUGAAGCAAGAUUAUUUUUAAGACCCUGGAUCCUUCAUUGUUUAUAUAUAUGAGGGGUGGGGAGGGGUGAGGGGGAGGGUAGAGGAGAGAGAAACAUAAGUGAGGUAUAUAUGUCUUUGCAUAUGCACACACAGAUAUUUGAAAUUUCCACUGCUUCCUUUGGCAAUAAUAAAUUAUGCUUCCUUUUAAAAGAUUUGCUCUAAUUAAAGGAUUAUAAGUCGAUGCUGGAGAAUAUAACCAAAUAGUUCCUAUUGUUCUCUAGCCAACCAAUACAUUUGUACCAACUAGGAAUUAUGUGUUUUUGUUUUUUUAAUUUCUAGUUCUUGCCCUAGGUUGGCUUUCUGAAUGGGCAUUUCUGUUGCUUCUCUUCCACUGAUCAGUGGCUAUCAAGCAUUCCAAAGAUUCUAGGUGACUUCAAACUAGAAGUCUUUAACUAGAUUCUCUGUGUGGUUUUGGUCUCAUAAGUGUUAGAAGAGACUUUUUGUGCCUACGUUGAAUUUUACCCUUUCUGAGCUAUUUGCAUGUAUUUGGUUGUACGUGAUGCUGAAUCAACCAUGUCUUUGGAAUAAUAUUGCCAGAACAGCCUUGCCCCAAUUACAAUAAUCAGAUAUGCAAAAUCUACCAAAAUAAAAUAAAAACUGAAAGCUAAAGAUUUUCGCAUUA